AAGUCCUCUCCUGGUGCCUCGGCACCCGCACUUCAGCCUGAGGUCUGUACCCAGCCUGAUGCCUGUACCCAGCCUGAUGCCUGUACCCAGCCUGAUGCCUGUCUUCAGCCUGAUGCCUCUACUCAGCCUGAUGCCUCUACUCAGCCUGAUGCCUCCACUCAGCCUGAUGCCUCUACCCAGCAUGAUGAACUGAUCCAGCCUGAUGAUCCUAUUAGGCCAGUUGACUCGAUGCCCGCUGUUGAUCCAGAUGAUCCGGUACCUGAUCCGGUGCCCGCUGUCGUGCCAAUUGACUCAGAGCCCGCUGUCGUACCUGGUGACUCGGUGCCCACUGCCUUGCCAGAUGACGCGGUGCCUGCUGGCGAGCCAAAUGACCUGAUGCCUGGUGACCCAGUGCCCGCUGUCGAGCCAGACGAUCCAAUGCCUGGUGACCCGGUGCCUGCUGCUCCGCCUGGGGGCCCGGUGCCUGUUGCUCCGCCUGGGGGCCCGGUGCCUGUUGCUCCGCCUGGGGGCCCGGUGCCUGUUGCUCCGCCUGGGGGCCCGGGGCCUGCU